AGACAGGAAAAGGGAUGGGCUACUUCUUUCUUCUCCCAGGCCACCAACUUCCCUGUUGAGGGUGAUGUUUUGCAAGAAGGAGCUGCUGACCCCAACUGUGUUGCCCUGUCUCUCAGCACUUCAAGUUGUCUGCUGACUGCAAGAGUCCAAGAGUGGACACCCCUCUCCAGAGAAAACAAAAAUGGACUUGGAUUCAAGGAGGCUGCUUGGCUGGGGAUUUGUCCUCCUUUCCCUGAUUCUGGUCAACUCAUCUUCCAGAGCCGAACCUCCACAAUACUGCUAUGGCAACCCAGGGCUGCCAGGUGUGCCAGGACCUCCUGGCCAGGAUGGCAGGGAUGGCCAGAAAGGAUCCAAAGGAGAACCAGGUGUUCCAGCUAUUUCUGGAAGCCAAGGUCCCAAGGGGAAAGCAGGAGAGCCAGGUGCCCCUGGCUUGCCAGGGAAGAACGGGCCUCGAGGGCCCUCUGGACCUCCAGGAGAGCCUGGUCCAAAGGGGGAUCUAGGUGAGCCAGGAGAGCCAGGAGGCUACAAGAGGAACCUUCAAUCGGCCUUCACAGUGAUGAGACAGACGGCACAGAACCCUUCCAAGAAUACCCCAGUUAUCUUCAACAAAGCCAUCACCAACACCAACCAAGACUAUGACGUCAACACUGGGAAGUUUACCUGCCGCGUCCCUGGCGUCUACUACUUCACCUACCAUGUGUCCCAGACUGCCAACCUCUGCGUCAACAUGUACCUGAACCGGGAGAAGGUGGCCGGCUUCUGUGACCACAUGACCAACACCAAGCAAGUGAGCUCGGGAGGUGUCCUUCUGCAGAUGCAAGUGGGCCACCAAGUUUGGCUAGCGGUCAAUGACUACAAUGGCAUGGUGGGCAUCAGCGGUGCCGACAGUGUCUUCUCGGGCUUCUUGCUUUUCCCAGAUUAGGCCAGGAUCCUACCAGUAGUCUCAACAAGAGUGGACCCAUUUAACCAAUGGGUUUUACCAAUGUGUUGAGUGUGUUUACUCUACCUGGGACAAACCAGUAGGACUGAGUUCUUUGGAAACCCUGAGAUCAGGAUCUGAGCUCUUCUUGCCCUCUGAUUUUUGUGUAGCUACUCUAUUGUUAUUGACCACAAUUCUGUAUUGCAGUCUACAUUGUGUAACUUUAUGCAUCCAGCAGCAAAAGUGCAACAGGACUCUCCUAGUGCAUUGGGAAGAUGCAUAUCAGGACACUGUCGAGAAUGUCUUUAUGCACAUUUGGCUCUACCAAUGAGCAUUGGGACUCCCUAGCUGGUGUCCCAAUGCACACUGAAAGUGCCAAAUGCACAUUGUUUCCCAAUGCACAAUGACACCCAAUGUCUCAAUGUGCGGCGGUCACAUUGUUGGCUUUGCUGCAUAAGGUCAUGGCAGCUCCUUGUGGAAUAUGGACAUUGCAAAACCGCUCAAUUCUAUUCUGCACGUAUGUAGAUGUCAGUCCAGUGCUGAAUGCCAGACAACACUUUUCCACUCUUGUUCCUGAAAUGUUCUCAGCCGUUCAAGAAAAAAAAGUUCAAUAAAUCUGUUCUUUGCUUUA